AGCAGACUCACUUCUCAAUCUGCAACUGAAGACAAAUCUCCAGUUCUCUCAUUCUACCUUCUCUCCUGAAUCAAGGUAGGUUCCUUCUCUCCGACUCCUAUCCUUUUCUCUCCUCCGUCCACCCUUCUCCCUCAAUCUCUCUGCCAGGUUGGGGGAGGGAAGAGACCGCUGGCUCCUUUCUCUCCCCUACUUGAGCCCCACACAAAUAGGGCUGGCCGCUACGCAGUACAAGACGAAACCCAAAACACUUGAAUCGGAAGUGUUUGGAUCCCAGCCUCCUCUGAAUAAUAAAGAGACCUGGGCUUUUAGGUCCCAUUGUAGGUAGCCCACCACAAGGGACCUGCAGCUGCCAGGGAGCAGGGGAAUGCCCGAGUCCCCCUUUCUGUGACUCUGCCAUAGGAGAGUCCUUGGGAGCCCGUUACCAGAUUCAGAAAGGGAAUUCAGGUGACCUCUUGUUCUUCCUCAUACUCCAGGGCUGCAGGGGAGGCGGGAGUAUUAGAGCCCCAUUUCUGCCCCCCGAGGUGGGUUCUUUCUCGUUCAGAAAUGGGACCUAGGCAUCCCUGCACUCACCUGCAGCUCCGGACUCCCAACAGGAGGUGAGUGAAAAAUAAUCUCCCCGUGCGUGAGAUCUAAGCAGCUGGAUCGGGUUGGAUUGGCACAGAUCCAACCGGACCGGAUUCUGAUGAUCCCUCAUAGUUUGCCAUUUUGGGCCACAGCGAGGUGGUUGGAGGGCCGCCUAAAUAGGCCUGAGCCGGUCCAAGCCAGAAGUGCCCCAAUACCCAUUCUGUGAGCCCCUGCGUCUGGCGGCGGUUGGUACGAGGGCUACCGAACCUUAGCCGACAGAUGUCGGGUGCCACAGGGCAUCCCAGAACUGGGAGCCAGCCUGGCCAGGGCGGGGGCCGGGGGGUGGUCCAGGAGAGGAAAGGCGAAAGGGUCGGUAAAAUAUUGGGCCGAAGAGGCUGGCUCUACAGCCUCCCCCUGCUGAACCUUGGAGAGACCGGGCCAUGGGAAGUUGUGGCAAGGCUGGCUAUUGUUCAGCCUCCCCCAAACCUCCUUGGACUGCACUCUUUCCGCAGCCCUUCUGACACUCCUCAGAAAGCCCUGAUGGAUGCGUGUGCAGACAUUUUUGAAGGACAGGAUGUUGCUGGGUUACGUUACUAUAGAAGGUAACAGUAUAGGUCCUUCCCUUUGUGAUGUCCCUCCACACUCUCUAGUGUCCAGUGUUAGGAAAGAUUUCACGUCCCAAAAUGCACGGCAUCCUUAGCAAGGUGUCAGUCUCCCCCCUCCUCCCUGUCCCCCACCCCCUCAAAAAUGAGGGUGCCGCCCGAGCCUAGCCAGAUGGGUUUCUCCAACCUGGUUAGUCAGGCUCAGGGCCUGUCGGCUGACCCAACCUUGUGCAGGAUUCUAUUCAACUUCCCAAGCGCUUAGUACAGUGCUCUGCACACAGUAAGCGCUCAAUAAAUACGAUUGAUUGAAAUAGGAUUCUGGGGAAAUGGUCAAACUCUUUUCCAUGAUCUUUACCAUAUGUACAUGAGUGACUUGUGGAUGCUGCAACCAGAAAUAUUCCUGAACAUAAUUCCCCCCACCCCCAGUAUUCUGCCUUGAUAGACGAGAGCAAUGGAAAAAAUGAGCACAGCCCGCCCUCCAGUGAAGUACAGUGGAAACCGCAAGGAAGGGGGUCUCAGUAAUUCCUCAGUCUUCCGGCAGGAUUUUGAUUUACUGCUAGGUCUUUGUCGGAGGCUAACAGCUGCCAAAGCAGUAUCGAAGGAGUAGAUUUGACUUUUUUCUCCCACUCUGGGCCCGCUUAUCUCGCUGUCCCCCAAAUAUAGUUGAGAACCUCCACCCUGGCCCCCCCUCCCACUACUCCCACAACUACUCGGCUUUUACCCCCUGUCAUCCUCUCCUCUUUCUCACCCCCUUGCUACAUUUUCCCCCCGACCCUUCAAAGUUCAGCACACUCCCACUGCCCUCUCCCUGGACCAACUUGACUAUCUCCCCUACCUCCCUGGAUUUUGCCCCUAUUCCCACAAGAUAGCCCCCUCAACUUCCUCUCCCCGGUCUCACUCUCCCAUUUUCAUUCUUUUGCCCUGUCUCUAAGCCUUCUCUUGUCCUCAACCUUCUAGUUCUAACCCAGCCCCUUCUCUCCAACGCCCGUCUUCCAUUCCGGUUGCGCCCUCAGUCCCUUAACUCUCAUAAGCUCGUGGUGGGCAGGGAAUGUGUCCGUUUAUUGUCGCAUUGUACCCUCCCAAAUGCUUAGUACAGUGCUCUGCACACCGUAAGCGCUCAAAGAUCUGAUUGAAUGAUUGACUCUGCCCUAGUGACCCUUCAGUCACCACAAUUGGCCUGUCCCACUUUCCCUGAUUGAGUUCUGCCUUCCAAUACGUCACUCAACCCUCCCGUGCAGCUCCGCGUAGCUUAUCCAUUGCUCAAAACUCACCCCCUCCUCGACUCAUAGGGAUUUUCAACUAAUAUUAAAGGAGGCUUUGUUGAUGCAGUCAUGCAGGCUUUAGCCAAGUCCACGGUGUCGAGAGGAAAAUAGCCCAGGCUUAAAUUGACAACUGCCUGAUAUAUUGUAAUAAAAAUUGAAACUACAACCUGUUUUUUCAGGCUACUGAUGCUCACUGCCAUCAGAGGUACCAUCACUAUGACGUUGGUGUCCCACUCAGUUGCUAAACUUAUAUUAGUUAAUUUCCAUUGGCAAGUCUCAGAGAUAUUGGAAAGACACAAGUCCAAUUCUGCUCAACUGCUGGUCGAGGCCCGAGUUCAGCCCAGCCUGUUGAAACAUGCAAUGGCACUUUCCUCUCACUGCGCCGUAUGUAUGCAGUAUGUCCGAAAGGAGAACUUACUGUCUCUGGCUUGCCAACACCAGUUUUGCCGCGGCUGCUGGGAGCAACACUGUGUAGUUCUGGUCAAGGACGGGGUAGGAAUUGAGGUCACCUGUAUGGCCCAGGACUGCCUUCUCAGAACUCCAGAGGAUUUUGUGUUUCCGUUGCUGCCUAGCGAGGAAUUGAAAGACAAAUACAGGCGCUACCUCUUCAGGGACUAUGUGGAGAGCCAUUAUCAGCUGCAGCUGUGUCCUGGUGCAGACUGCCCAAUGGUUAUUCAGGUACAGGAGCCCAAAGCUCGCCGUGUCCAGUGCAAUCGAUGCAACGAGGUCUUCUGUUUCAAGUGUCGUCAGAUGUAUCACGCCCCAACGGACUGUGCCACAAUCCGGAAAUGGCUCACGAAGUGUGCAGAUGACUCUGAAACGGCGAAUUACAUCAGUGCUCACACUAAAGAUUGUCCCAAGUGCAAUAUCUGUAUUGAAAAGAACGGAGGCUGCAAUCAUAUGCAAUGCUCUAAAUGCAAACACGAUUUCUGCUGGAUGUGUCUGGGGGACUGGAAGACCCAUGGCAGCGAGUACUACGAAUGCAGUCGGUACAAAGAGAAUCCUGAUAUUGUAAACCAGAGCCAGCAGGCACAGGCCAGAGAGGCCCUUAAGAAGUACUUGUUCUACUUUGAGAGGUGGGAGAACCACAACAAGAGCCUACAGCUAGAGGCACAGACGUACCAGAGAAUUCAGGAGAAGAUCCAGGAGAGGGUGAUGAACAACUUGGGGACCUGGAUUGACUGGCAGUACCUUCAAAAUGCUGCCAAGCUCUUAGCCAAGUGUCGAUACACCCUCCAAUAUACAUACCCAUAUGCAUACUACAUGGAAUCUGGACCUAGAAAGAAACUGUUCGAAUACCAGCAGGCUCAGCUAGAGGCAGAAAUCGAAAAUCUCUCGUGGAAAGUGGAGCGAGCGGACAGCUACGACAGAGGGGACUUAGAGAAUCAGAUGCACAUAGCUGAGCAGCGAAGAAGAACCCUGCUGAAGGACUUCCAUGACACAUAAAUAGGAAUGAUGAGGGGCGCAGGGGUGAGGGAGCCAGUACUGAAUGGACAAGGUGGCAGAAGCAUUGCGUGGAACAGGCACUGCCUCUGGAGAACACAGAUUGCAGACAAUACCCCUACCUUUCCUCUCCUCCCCGCCCCACCAGCCCCAGGCACACACUCGCAUACACACACUUUCCCUCUCUCUCUCUCUCUCGCGCGCGUGCGAAAUCUCUCAAUCUCUCACCCUCUCGGCGAUAUCCCUUUCGCUCGCUUGCGCGCCCGCACUCACGUGCCCAUUUUACCCCAUUUCUGUUUUCUCCUCAUCUCUCAACCGUUUUGUUUCUGCCGGGGUAGAGACCAUAUCGAAUCGGCAUCUUUAUGGGACUCUUGAUUCCCCCCCACCCUGGAAGAUUGUUAGGCGAGGAAGAAAAUUUUAUUCUAAGUGGCUGUUAAUAGUAUUAGAUUACUACAACUUAAGUGAUUUUCAGAGGUUCUACAAUUAUUCAGAAAGACCCUAGAAUAACCCAGUACCCUCUUUACCGAUGGGUUGGCCCUGGAAAGUUUUCCUCUAGGUACUCUGCUUUUAGAAACUGGUAUUUGCUGCCCGCCCACUGAUCCCCAAACUGCUUCUGCAAUGAGCUUUCUAAAGCGCUACAUUGAGCUUCCCAAUGUAGCCUCCCUUCUCCUACUGUAACGUGCUUCGUCCAGCUCUGAUUGCAUGAGGAGAGCAACUGGGGUCUUCGGGGGCUUCCGCGAGGGAAGAGCCUAGCACAGAUAUCAGCUGGAUGUGGGCCCUGCUCCAUGGAGCAGAAAAAAAAAUGCUUCGUUAUGCCCUGCCAAAUGCUAGCCUUUACCUGGUGCUGCAGGAUCCAAAGUACAAGAUUGGGGACGAUUGGGAUGGACUGGAGGUGGGGUUAUUCCCCAGAGUCCAGAGAAAUGGCUUCUCAUGGUCAAGAUUUCAGAUUAUUGUUUUUUUUUUUUUUUUUCAUUUGCGCAUUAUUUUUCUUUCAGACCGAUCAUCAGAGGUUCCUCUUUCCACCCGGAGCACAGUAUGAGCUAUUCUCUUAGUACCGGCACUUAGGGACAGUCGAAUCAUGUGUGACACCCAUCAGUCAAUCAGUAGUAUUUAUUGAGUGCUUACGUGAUGGUGGCGUUUAGGCAGGGCAUCCAGCGAUUUGGGAAAAGGGAUCGGUAGGCGCCGCACGGCUUCCGCGACGAUCUCCCCGGCACUUUGCCUUAGGAGGCAUGUGAGGCCGCGUUGCUUUCUCUGUGGGCGAAGGAUUGAACAGGAUUUGGGUUGUGAGGUCUUCGUAGUGUACAGUAAAACGGCCGAUUUCUUCUUGAUUCUGCCCCCCAAGGUAAAAUUUGGCCCGCGUUGAAGUCUAGGAGAAGAGCUUGGCAUUUUGCGACCCUUGCGCCGAGCAGGAUGGAAAAGUUGUUGCCCCCCUCGUGUUAGGCUUUGGGCUUUUCGACAGCGGUUCAUUCUGUGCUAGUUUGCGGGGGGAUCGAGUCCUUUUGGCUUUGUGCUCAGGCUGCGGGGGGGACGGUGUACGUCGUUAGGAAGCGGCGCCUCGGCUAGCGGAAAGCCUUCACUGAAAGAUUUGCCCUCCCUCCCUGGGCUUCCAGACCGUGGUGUGUGUGAGAUCAAUUUCCUAACUAGAAUGCUGUUUGUGUAAGCAGCAUAAAUAUGCAAUAUAGAAUAGCAGGUUAAGAGAAGACUGUUAGUGUGCUUAGGGGAACGGCAUGUUUGCUGAACUGGAAUUCAUGCAUGUUUACUGUCGCAGUUAGAAUAGAUAGGUUAAAAGCGUUUUUUUAAGGAACUUAAGGUGUUCAGUUGUUGUGGUUUUCUUGUGAGAAUAGCAGGUGUUCAAUGAGUUCCUUGUACUAUUUGAAGGUCAGGUCAAAUAGAGAUGCAACCUUCCUAGCUGUCCACGUUAAACAGUUCUAGCAGUUGAGAUUUAGUUGGUUAGGAAAUCAAUUCGGUUUGGGGUUGUUUUUUUUUUUUUUUUGUAUUUUUGGGGUUUUGUUUUUGUUUUGGGGUUGUGUUUUUUUAAAAAAAAAAAUCCUCUGUAUUGGGGAGGACAGAUGCACUGAACCUGAAAGCUGCAUGAGGUCUUCCAAAGUUUCAUAGAAUGUAUGAAACAAGCAACUGAGCAAGGGGAUAUUGGAGCCAUCGGAAGUGGCAAUUUGCACUGUGCCCCUCCUCUGUGGGUCCCUCCCUCCCAAAGGACACGGUCUUUUCAUUGCAGAGCUGAGUUGGCUGUUGAGAGGCGGAGGGUCGCUUGUGGUGUUGGAGAAAGAAAUGCGGUAGUGGUGACCUGGGCCUGGAAACGAUUCCGGGUGAUUAUUCCCCGUUAACAGUGCCCACGCCAUACGUGUAGCUCAGCCUUUUGGGGAAAUCCAUUCAAAAGCUGGCUUUCUGCAAUUGCCUUUUUUGCGUGCCAAAACUAGAAAUGCUCCAUGACCCUGCUUGUAGGAGUCACUAAAGACUCAGAGUAGGACCCCUUUUUUUUUUUUUCCUCUCCAGCCCCCUCGCACACACACGCACACUCUGCUUCUUUUGGCAUCGUGGUGCUGGGCUUAAGGCCGGGUUCUCUGAACCGUAGCCUGGCAUUGAGGCCUGGCAAAGAUUUCCACCCUCCCUAGCUGUUGGGUGCCCCCGCGCUCCUUAUUAAGGGCUCCUGGGACGGAGUGAACAAGAAGAAACCGAGAAGAGAGAAAAACCGAGAACCCGGGAGAAGUUUGGAUGCUGAGCGGGACGUUUGGGCUUGUCACUCGUAGCUGUGGCGUACGUUGCCUCUAGUGCUGCUGGUUGACAUAUGGGAGGGCAGGAAGGGUCACCUGAGCAACUGUGACUUAUUUUCGGGUGGCUACUCUAGGAAGCCCCUGUCAUUGCCUCUUUUUUCCCCCCCCCCGCCCCGCCCUUCCUGGAUUUUGUGCUUCCGUUCCGUUCGGUUUCUCUUCUCGGUAUCAUUUCCUUAACAUCCCCAUGAGUCUCCUUCUUAGGAGUCUCUCUUUCCUGUUCCAACCUUGUUCUUCUCCCUUUUACCAAGAAGUGGAAGGCUGUGCAAAUGGGUUGCAACGGAGGAACACCCCCGGCCCCACCACCUGAAAUUUUUAAAGCCUUUAAUAUGCCAGUCCAAAAUACUGGAAAGUUUCCUGUGACGGAACCGGAGCGGACAGCUGCGGGAGCUGGGUGGGGCCAAGACAGGUGUUUUAUGUCUUCCCCUGCCGGUCCAAAAUACGGGAGAACUUGAGUUGGAACCCAAGUCGUCAGCAAUCUGAGUGAACAGGAAUUGGGUUGGGCUAAGACGGACCUUAUGUCUUCCCCUGAGAGCUAUUUGGUAGCCAUCCUCAGGACUUAAAGGUUUGGAAACUGACCGUUCUGGUCAUUCUCCUCAGGUAGCUGCUGGGGAGCGAUCCCCGGUACUUAAAGGUCGGCAAAGUUUCCGUUCGGGUUUUUGCUUUGCCCGCUCUGUGUGGCGUGGUGGUUGCGGUGAGGAGGGAUAGCAUGAAUUUUGGAGGUUGGGGACUCUGGUGUUUCGUUUUUCGCUUGGUAAACGCCCAGCUGAGCAUUUUUACGCACCCGGUUGCAGCGGAGGGCAAGCCGGGGUCCGAUGGGUCAGUCGACUUAGCUUUUUUGGCUGCCGCUAGCCCAGUGAGACGCCGCCCCGGACUGCCACCCCCAUCCCGGCAAGGGGAAAAGGAAGGUCGAGACUGGGGCGAGGGCUGCUGGGAGGCGUAGCUUACGGCUCCCGCGCCAGACGACGUCGCCCCGGAGAGCGUGGCAGUCGGGGUGACAGCGUGGUCCGGGUGUAGCGGACGGUUCAGCGUGGUAGCAGUCGGAAAGCAGGGGGUGGGGACCACAGGAUCUGCCGCCUCCCCGAAUCCGCCACGUCGGGCCGCGACCUGGUUGGCGUAGUGGAAAAGUCUGCCCCGAGUGCGGUCGUUGACGGGAGACCUGCCACCCCUCUGUGUCGCGGCCUCCGAUGCCGCACCGUGGCAACGUACUGCAGUUCGAGGGUAGCGUGGGCGGUC